AACAACAUGGCGCUUAUCCCUUCCCAAAUCCUGAGAGUAGCUAUCCUGCUGUCGUAUUUCUCCAUCAUUUGCAAUUACAAAGCCAUAGACAUGCCCGCGCACCAGACCUACGGCGGGAGCUGGAAGUUUCUCACCUUCAUAGAUCUGGUCAUUCAAGCUGUGUUCUUUGGAGUGUGCGUCCUGACAGACCUCUCUAGCCUCUUGAUGAAGGGCACAGCAAGCAUGGAGCAAGAGAGACAACUCCGGAAGCUGAUUGGUUUGCGGGAUUGGAUGAUGGCUGUGCUAGCUUUCCCUGUGGGAGUAUUUGUAGUCACCAUGUUCUGGAUCCUGUACCUCUAUGACCGAGAUCUGGUGUACCCAAGACUCCUGGAUAAUUUCAUCCCUCAGUGGCUGAACCAUGGAAUGCAUACGACAGUGCUUCCUUUCAUCCUGAUUGAGAUGAGAACCACCCGUCAUUUCUAUCCCAGCAGGCUGUGUGGACUCCUGGCCGUGUGCAGCUUCUGUGUGGGAUAUGUGCUUUGGAUGUGUUGGGUGUACAACGUGACCGGAGUCUGGGUGUACCCAUUCUUAGAGCACAUUGACACGCUGGCCAGAGCCGUCUUCUUUAUCCUUCUCACAGGUCUCACUAGCGUGUACUACAUCAUGGGUGAGAUCCUCAACAACUACAUCUGGGAUUCUUCAAGGAGUGCUUUAGUGUCAAAUAAGGAUAAAAGUGAGUGAACCACCUGAGGAAGAGAGACUUCAGCUGUGCUGCAGCUCUUAAUGUUUGGACAGUGAGUCUGGACUGAGCAGUAAAUUUGAAGCUUUGGGUCCUUCUCGUUAAUCAACACAUGUACUGAUGUUGUUGAGAAUCCCUAAACACCUUGUUGAUUUUAGUCUAGCUCCUGAUUUUUACUUUUCUCACUUUGAUGAAAGCACAGCAUUUUGAGAAAACUUUGGUUUAUUAGAUUUAAAAGAUUAAGAUAUUAAUCAUAUUAAUCUGAGGAAAUGUGUCCGUUUACAGACACAAAUCAAGUAUUUGUACAACCUUAUUUUGUGUUAUAAACUUCAUAGCUUAGAUGCAGCCUUAAAGGAUACAAGAGGAUAUGAAUCCAUAUAGAUCCACCAUGACCAAGAACAAAAAAGUGCUUAUACAAGAUGAAUGGGUUACUAGAUGUAUACAGUUUGUACUGGUUAUGUAUAUGCAUGUAAUGCAUCAUAUUUGAUGCACAAGGUUCUGAAAUGUAAACACAGACCAGGCUGAAAAAAUGAGCUGAACUACAGAAUUCAGGUAAAGCAGAAAUAAACACAGUCCCAAAAUUACAGAUCUAAAAGAACAACAAAAGCAGCAGGGUAAUCCCAAAGAAGAGUAAACAAAAAC